CCCCUCCGUCCUCUGCUCCUUGCCCCCUCUAUAUCCGUUCUUUCCUAGUAGCUCAAAACCUUGCAACUCCAGCCUGCGCUCCUCUCUCUCCACACCCAUAUGCCACGGCACUGUCAGGUAAGGUCCUCGCAGAUCAAGCGUGCAGUGCAGUACGUUUAACAGCAACAUCCGGUAUUGAUCGUGCCCAAUAAGUCGGCGUCUGAGAAGAAAUUGAGAUGAACAUCAUGGAUUCCGAGGUAGUGCAGGUGGUAGAGUCGUCGUUUGUAGUGCCGAACGAGCCGACGCCGCGUGAGGGGCUCUGGCUCUCUCCCCUGGACCUCAUUCUCGCCAACAGAGGCCACACCCCAACGGUCUACUUGUACAGCUCCAGCAACGUUGCCGCCGGCGACGAUGGCUUCUUCGACGUGGCCAGGCUCAAGGAGGCUAUGGCCAAGGCCUUGGUCGCCUUCUACCCCCUCGCUGGCCGCCUCGGCGUCGACAACCAUGGCAGGGCAGAGAUCACUUGCAACGGUGAGGGUGCACUCUUUGUUGUCGCUCGGGCUGACCUCACUGUUGAUGACAUCAAGGACGACUUCAAGCCGUCACCGGAGCUGAGGAGGCUGUUUGUUCCACGGAUUGAGCCAGCAUCAGUCAUAUUGGCAAUACAGGUGACUUUCCUGAAGUGUGGAGGUGUAGUGUUAGGGACGGCUCUCCACCAUGCCGCCAUCGACGCCUCAAGCGCGUUCCACUUCUUCCAGACUUGGUCGGCCAUCUCUAAGCAUGGCGACGGCGCUACCGUGGAGCUCCCGUGCCAUGACCGCACACUCCUCCGUGCACGGUCCCCGCCUACCGUCCACCCGGACGCCCUUUCAAGAUUUUACCCAAAGCUCACCUUCUCCGACCCGUCCGGACCUCUUGCCGUCGAAUUCUUCGCCAUUUCCAAGGACCAAGUCGCCUCCCUGAAGCGCCUCUGCGGCGGCACAAGCACCUUCUGCGCCAUGAGCGCCCUCGUGUGGCAGUGCGCGCUCAUUGCACGCCGGCUUCCGCCUGAUUCUGAGACACGCCUCACCUUCCCGGCUAACAUCCGGCGUAGGGUGAGGCCGCCUCUCCCGGACCGCUACUUCGGCAACGCGUUGGUCAGGCUGGGUGUCACUGGUGCAGUGCGGGAUGUUGCCUCCGAGGAUUUGGCAUCCGUCGCCGGGCGCAUCAAAGGCGCCAUCGAUCGGAUGGACGAUGAGCUCGUGCGCUCUGCAGUCGACUACUGGGAGAUGACCGAGCUGGACAGCCGGCCUGCGAAGGGCACCUUGCUAGAGACGGACCUGCAGAUUAUCAGCUGGCUCGGUAUGCCAAUGUACGAUGCAGAUUUCGGAUGGGGGAAGCCAGGGGUGAUGUCGCGGGCGGAGUCCAUCCGUGGCGGAUUUGUGUACCUGAUGAGCGACGGGCCAGCAGACGACGCCGGGGCCGGAGGCGUCCGCGUGCUCAUGUGCAUGGAAGCUGCAAAUAUCAACGAGCUGGAGCGGCUGCUUUACGAAAAACUUUAGCACCUAGACCUGCUUGGUGCUUAAUGUGAAACCAAUGGCCGGAGAUGGUAGGACUGGCUGUAAGCCUCUACCUGCACGGUGCUCGCAGGAAAUCAGUGACCAGUGGUCUACUCUUUAAGAUUUAAAUUUUUUUGUUUGUCUCAGCUGAUCUAUAUGAUGGAGAAGAUCGAUCAAAUACGGUUGGUGAAGUUUUUUUUUUUUUUUUGAAAGAUCCGGCAAUGCCGACAUUGAUUAAUAAGAAGAGCAAGAGAAUAUCAACGUUUUACA